UAUUUAAUCGAGAUGUUCCCAGGAAGCUGACACACACCAACGAUCCACUCAGGUAGAUUUUAGACUCUCUGCUGUCUUUUUGCCUUUACCUCUUUACAUUAUCAGAUCUUAUUGGAGUAUAAAGGGGUAAAACAUGGAGGAUAUUGGACUCCUUUUAGACUUUGAUCAGGAUGGCUCCACUGACUUUGCAUGUUGGGGACAGAUGGACCAAAACUUUCACUUUCAGACCCAGCUGGAUUCCUUCCUGAUGGACUGCCAGGCAGCCAGCGGUCAGCUCUCCCCCUGGUCUUCUUUUGGCUGUCAGUCUGUGUUUUCAGACACACAGCUGACAUUCACCGACUUGGAUGUACAGUCACCGGGACUUGGCGCUUGCGCUGAAAGCGACGGAUGCUCUGCCGAUGAACCUCUGGAGGCAGCCAAGCGCCGGACACGGAGCCUGGUGGUCCACCAGCCGUACAAGGUCCAACGGCACGCCGCCAACAUCCGGGAGAGGAAGAGGAUGCUGAGCAUCAACUCUGCCUUUGAGGAGCUGCGCUGCCAUGUCCCAACAUUUCCCUAUGAGAAGCGACUGUCUAAGAUAGACACUCUGAGGCUGGCCAUAGCCUACAUUGCCCUGCUGAGGGAGAUCCUCACGUCGGGGUCUGACCCCAAAUCCUAUGUUGAUGAGUGCAUGAAGAGCGGCUACAAGAAUCAAACCAAUGCAAUCUGGAAUACAAGCGAUCUGACAGCCCGUCUCUCUUGGAUAAAGUGGGAUUAGCUGGGAAACACGAUGGUAACCUGAGUCUGUCGGCUGCAGCUAUGUGUCAAAGACGGACAGACCUGCUGGCUUGGUGCAGCCUGCUGACAUCUGCAGACUUCUCACCAGGUCACACACCUCCGCCUUUAUCAGCCUUCCUCGCCACUUUGUUCCAAGUAGCUUUUAAUAUUCUAAUUUACUGUUAACUGGUAAUUGAGAGGCAUUGUUUCAGAAAUUGGGGUUAUAAGGAGUCCUGGCACAGCGUAGCUUUCCCAAACGGAUGCCAUUUGUCACGGAGAGGCAAAGCUGGCAUCAAACUCAAAGGACUCAAACUUCUGCACACUGAGCUGAAGGGCUUUCUGGACUCAUUUUCAUCAAGCUGCAGUUUUAAAAACAGCCUUCGUCUUGUAAAUAAAAGAUCGAAGUAGACGGUCAGGUGCUGCUUCCAGACACCAGAAACAGUGGCUGGAAACUGAAUUACUCAGUCAAAAUUGCUAAUUGUGUUUUAUUUAAGCUUUUCAUUGGUAUUUAGAAAUAAAGUGGAUUAUGAAAUUGCCUUCCAUGAAAAGAUGUAGGCUACAUGUCCUCACCUUCUUAAAAUAAUGCCCUCAGUCAUUUUAUUUAUUUUUUUGCCAGAAGUGAUUUAGGCCAAAAGAAAAAGUCACUUUUGGCAAAAAAUGACUUAUGCCAUUAUUUUAGGAAGGUGAUUCAAUAUUAAGAACAUUUUUAACCAUGAAAUGUGACUAUUUUGUCUUGGAGAUGUGUUUUCUGCUUCUGUUUUAAGAUUUUAAGCUCUUUGAGGAGUUGGG